AGUUCACAUGUGCGAGAGACAAACCCGGACGAGCCGCUGAUGAAGGACAAACACACAAAAUGUCAACCGUGUCUGUCAUAAAUGUAUCGCUCGGCAAUAAGUCGUAAUGAAAUUGGUUCGCGACCGUCGAAAAACCGUGCGAUUGUGCGAGGCGCGCCGAUUGAUGUGCUCGUCGCGACGCCGUUUCCAAUAAGUGCAUCGCCGCCGCCGAUUAUAUAAUACGCGCAACGAACGGACGCUCCUCCAAAAUGGCAGGCCGCAACAGGCCCAUCCAGCACAAGAACCUCUGCACCAUCUUCUCGAAGCUGCAGGGCGCCUUCUCGGACGUGUGCACACAUCCCAAGUAUGCCACCGACAAGCGCACGCUGGAUAAGACCUGGAAACUGAUGGACAAAGUGGUGAAACUGUGUCAGCAUCAGAAGAUGAACCUGAAGAACUCACCCCCAUUCAUACUGGAUAUUCUGCCUGACACUUAUCAAAGACUCAAACUUAUUUAUUCAAAGUAUGAGGACAAUAUGAUGCAGUUACAUAGCAAUGAACAUUUUAACAUAUUUAUUAUCAAUUUAAUGCGCAAGUGUAAGCAAGCAAUCAAGUUAUUUAAGGAGGGCAAGGAGAAGAUGUUUGAUGAGAACUCUCAUUACCGGCGCAAUCUAACAAAACUCAGUCUUGUGUUCUCCCACAUGUUAAGUGAACUGAAAGCGCUCUUUCCCAACGGCCUCUUCGCCGGCGAUCAGUUUCGCAUAACGAAGUCGGACGCUGCUGAAUUCUGGAGGUCAAAUUUCAGUAACAGCACGCUCGUUCCCUGGAAGAUUUUCCGACAAGAGUUGAAUAAAGUUCAUCCGAUUAGUACCGGCUUGGAGGCGAUGGCGUUGAAGUCGACGAUAGAUUUAACAUGCAAUGAUUACAUAUCAAAUUUUGAAUUCGACGUCUUCACACGUUUGUUCCAACCCUGGGCGACGUUACUUCGAAAUUGGAAAAUAUUAGCGGUCACGCAUCCCGGCUACGUAGCGUUUCUGACGUACGACGAAGUGAAAGCAAGGCUGCAGCGCUACAUCAACAAAGCGGGUAGCUAUGUUUUUCGACUCUCCUGCACGCGGCUGGGACAAUGGGCCAUCGGGUACGUGACCGCGGACGGCGAGAUCCUUCAGACGAUCCCGCAGAACAAAAGUCUCAUCCAGGCGCUGCUGGAUGGCUACAGGGAAGGAUUCUAUCAAUUCCCGGACGGCCGCAUUAAUAAUCCCGACCUAAGCUGGGCCGUGCAGCCGACUCCAGAGGAUCACAUCGCCGUCACACAGGAGCAAUACGAGCUGUACUGCGAGAUGGGCAGCACAUUCCAGCUGUGCAAAAUUUGCGCCGAGAAUGACAAAGAUGUUCGAAUAGAGCCCUGCGGGCACUUGUUAUGCACGCCCUGUUUGACGUCGUGGCAGAUCGAUUCGGAAGGUCAGGGUUGUCCGUUCUGUCGGGCAGAAAUCAAAGGCACCGAACAAAUCGUCGUUGAUCCGUUCGAUCCGCGCAAAUCGCACAAUCGUUCCAAGGGCGCCGUCGGAUCGUCGCCGAACUCCGCCAACUUUGACGACGACGAUCUUGAAUUUGAGGACACCGGUGAAUUGUGGAAUUGUACUGGUAGUGCAUUAAGCUCAUUGUCCCCGUCCUCCGAAUUUACCUCUCAGUCUUCUGCAAGUCCGUCAAUGUCGCCUCGCAAUAGCCCGCGUGUCGUGCGGCGUAGCACCACGCCAACAAUUGUGGUGCCGUGGAAUUUACCACCUCCGCUGCCGCCGCGCAAAAGCUCACCGACGUUGGAGCAGGUGACAAUACCUACGUCAUCAAGCUCACGAACGAACGGUAUCCCAAAACCGAACACCAAAACGCUCAACGAAGCGCAAUCUGUGACGAACCUAACAUACUACGCUAUUGAAGUUCCUCCGAUUUCCAAAAGUAGUUCAAUGCAGGAGAUGCACCGCGAGAGCAGGGAAAACUCCGCGGCGACGACAGCGGGCGUUGCCACCGACAGACAGCAAGUCGUAGAACUCAGCUCGCCGGAAACCAUUUGUGGUUUCAUCAGUUCCACGAACUGUGUAAAUAGUAUAACGACGAAACCGCAAACUAGGCACCAAAGUUAUCCCUCGAAGGUCAAGCCGAGUGUGGCGGUGCCGGUGAAGUCCAGCACGACGCCCAAUUUUUCCGCCAAGCCCGAUCACCUCUAUGAGAACAUGCAGAUUGAGACACCGCCGAAAGCUAAGUACAAUCCGCUCACAGCGAAGGAUAAUAACGUUUACUAUGAAAACCUCAACAUUGACUACAUCAAAAAACUCGUCAGCGAAGGAUACUCCAAGGAAGCCGUCAUCAAAGCGCUGGGCAUUACAAAGAAUGAUAUUGAGAUGGCAUGUGAUAUUUUACAUGAAUUUGGAACGAAGCAUGGAUAGCAUGAGUACCACUGAGUGGGGGUGGAGGGCGUAGUGUUACAAAUUCAUACUAUUUUUCUAAAAGAUUCUAAACGUAAAAAACUAUUUUUAUCAUAAUACGUGUCUAAUACGAUUGCGAUCCAUUGUGAACUAAUUGAGAUGUCGAUUGAAUUGUUUUACUACCUUUUUUGUGCCAAAUUUUACGAAUAAUUAAUGUAGAAUCAUCGUUGUCAAUAAGAGAAUUCAAAAUAAGAAACGAAACUAGUCAGGGGUAUUCUAAUUAAUCUUCACUUCGACACAUUCCAUGUUCACAAUUGUCUCGUACUACAUAUUGACUUUAAUCCGCAAAAAGGUAUUAAAACGAUUUGUAUGAUGACGGAGUUUUCGACUUUUUGCAUCUAAAAUAUAUUUUUCUAUGCGUCAGUAUUCUCAUAUUCGAUUUUUGAAAACUUUGCGUUGAAACAUUGUAAUAAACGAGCUUUGCUUUACGGUAAAUCGGUUGAUGACCGAAAUAAGUACAAUUAUUUGUAUACGCGUUUGAAAUUUGUUUAAAUUCUCAUCCUGAAAUGAACAAAUAACAAGACUUAUUUUAGCAACUCAUUGUCCAUCGUGGGAUCAAUCAUAUGUGAUCAGGACAUUAGCUUAGUUUAAUGAAAAUCAGGUUUGCUGAAAUACUUUGGGGGCCAUAGUUCAAUCAAGAUGUUUUUCACGGGUUAAAGUAAAAUUCAAAAUAAAGCAAUGCUGGCCAUCCACUCUCAUUUGUCUUCCGCGGGGAGUGUCCUACUACAACACUUAAUUUAUAUCUGAAAACAAAGAAAAAGCACAAUACUAAUCCGUCAACUACGGGCAUUUAACAAGUUUCAAAUCAAAUUGUUGCCAGACCGUUUGUGUGUUUGCGCGUUGAGUCGCGAACAAGUGUAUGAAAUGUAGUUACAAUUUACAAAGCAAACGAAAUAACAAAUAUAAUUAAAGUACAUAAUGUGUAAAUAUGGAAAAAUAUUUAUUGCGCUUUAUGAAUUAAAUAUAUCAACAUAUCGGAUGUACCAUUGAAUGGGUUAGAAUUGUAAUUCCACCACUUAUUUUAGUUUACUGGAAGAAUGGGCAGUACCGGCGUAUCUGAAUGAAACUGUUUCAUUUGUUGUAUUCAAGCGCGCACAGAAGAUAAGGUUCUAACAUAACAAUUAUAUUAAUUGUACAACUGCGAUGAGAAGCUAUUUAAACUAAAAGAGUGAAUCAAACUAAUAAGUUGCGUACGAGUUCAAUAUUUUCCUCAGGAAUAAAAAAACUUGUUUUAAACAAAAAUAUUACUCUGUAACAAACAUGUUUAUCUUGUAAAUAUUUCGCCAUACAAUUGUAACUUGUAUUAUUAUUAUUAUUAUUAUAAUGGACAUUGUCUACAUGGUGAUCGUUA